GCGAAUUGCGUCAUUCUCUCGCCACGUCACGUCUUGAGAGAUCGCACUUCUUUCUUUAUUUUCUUUUCGACUUCAUUUGAUAUUCGUCAAUUUUGCAUGUACAUCCAAAUAUAAAAACGAGUCUUCAGACCAGGCAAAUGAAAGGAAAUUGAUGAAUGAAAUGUAAGUAUAUCAUGUUUGGUAUUGCGAAAGCUAUGUUAUAGCCCUUUAUUUAAAUUUUCUAAUGAAAAAAUUUAAACCAAAGGUACUAAAAUUGAAGAACCGAUUCCAAACGGUCCUACCAGUCUUGUAUGGUAACAAUCUGUCAGAAACAGAACCGUUAAUAACCGUUAGACGAAAUUCUCUGCCGGAAACGAUUGUUGCAUUCUGGCAAAACCUUCUGGCAGACACUCCCAGGCGCCUGGGGAGAAAUCUGCCAGGCACAUGCAAACGGGUCGGACCAGAAAACCCAGGCGGGCUGCGUGAAAGGCAUCGACUUACCCAUCACGCUAUACCCGUCCCCAAUCCUAGAUAGUGUUUCACAACUAUUUAUCAAUUUUUCAAUCUAAAACCUGUUUAUGAGAGAGUUUUAAAUUGAAUUUUUAAUGUCAUCAUGAUCGGUCGUGCCUCGUCUAUAGAAAGUGUUAUAUACCAUUCGACUCAGUUCGACGAGAUUGGAAAAUGUCUUUCUCAGAGAUGGCUGAACCGAUUUUAACAAACUUGCCCACAUUAUCAGAUCCGAAUCGAUUCCGAAUCAAUUCCGAAUCGGCGAGGAAUUUUCUUUCGGAAUUCCAUGUGGAAAUCAUGUGAAAUUCCGAAUCAAUUCCAACUCCAGUGCAACAACCGAUUCCGAAUGAAGAUGCGGACUGAAUUGUCAAUUUGUCUUCUGCUUCUUCUUUCCCGAUUUUGCACGUUUUCGUGCUGAUUUUCAGUUUAUUUUUAAAUGAAAACAUUACAUAACUGAAUAUACACAUUUAAAUCUUCAUGUUUUUCGGAUAUACAGAACUAGUAAAUAACCAGUUCUUAGAAUUCCAACAUAAACUGUUGGAAUUCGCUGGAAAUUAAUAAAACGGCACACCUUAGUCAGCAUCAUUCAUUCCUCUCGCUGGAGUGUAGUGAAAUGGCUUAAGUCGCCCAAAUUUUACACUCAUAAAAUGAGCGAAUAUUCAAUGACAUUCAUAAUGUCACUGUCAAUCGGGUCGAUCGAGCAGCCAAUUCAGGUGAAAAUUCUAGCACUGAACCGAUCGAGCACUGAAAAAUCAUGCAGUCGAGUAAGAAUUCAUUGCGCAUUCCGCCAUUUCGAUAAUGUGUGUAUGCUCGAUUGAAAGCUACUAUCGAGCAAUUGAUCAAGUUCAAAGAUCAAAUGGCUGUGACUUCUGGUUCUGGAGAUAUGAUGGCAUAAUUGACGUAACCGACAAAAUGCGUUGUUUUUAAAGCGCAAGUUUUUCGGACUGUGGCUGAGCCGAUUUUAACAAGCCUUGGCCCGUUUAAAAGCUGUUGCUAGGUCAUUGAUCAAGUUCGAAGAUCAAAUGACUGCGAUGUCUGUUUCCGGAGAUAUGAUGGUAUAAGUGACGUAAUCGACAAAACACGUUGUUUUUUACCGCUCUCAUAUAUAUAAGGGUGCCAAUAUUUUGGGUUUACCUCUAAUUUCGUAAAGCUGUAAUGUUCAAAUAUUUGAGUCCCUCGAAAAAAGUCCCCAUGGAAAAUUUGACAAAUUUGAUAUAGGUAAGGGGUGCUGCCCGGUGGUUAAGGUUUGAAAAUUUCCGAUCUUGAAAAAUCCCCAUAACAGAUCGGCUGAAAAGUUCGUAUCGUUUCUAUGAGAGGGCGCCACUAAAAUUAAAUCCAUACCAUUUUCAGUUAGUAUCAACCUUCAAAAGAUACGUGUAUAAAUUUGACAGCUGUCUGAUUAUUAGUUUGUGAGAUAUUGCAUUUUGAGUGAAGCUACUUUUGUUAUUGUGAAAAAAAUGGAAAAAAAAGGAAUUUCGUGUGUUGAUGAAACACUACUUUUUGAUGAAAAAAAGUGCCGCCGAUACCAAAAAAUGGCUUGAUGUGUGUUAUCCAGACUCUGCACCGGGCGAAGCAACAAUUCGUAAGUGGUUUGCAAAAUUUCGUACUGGUCAUAUGAGCACCGAAGACGAUGAACGCAGUGGACGUCGUAAAGAGGCUGUUACCGAUGAAAACGUGAAAAAAUCCACAAAAUGAUUUUCAAUGACCGUAAAGUGAAGUUGAUCAAGAUAGCUGACACCCUAAAGAUAUCAAAGGAACGUGUUGGACAUAUUAUUCACGAAUAUUUGGAUAUGAGAAAGCUUUGUGCAAAAUGGGUGCCGCGUGAGCUCACAAUCGAUCAAAAACAACAACGAAUUGAUGAUUCUGAGCAGUGUUUGGAGCUGUUAUAUCGAAAUAAAACCGAUUUUUUUCGUCGAUAUAUAACAAUGGACGAAACAUGGCUCCAUCACUUCACUUCGGAGUCCAAUCGACAGUCAGCUGAGUGGACUGCACGCGAUGAACCGAACCCAAAGCGUGGAAAGACUCAACAAUCGGCCGGUAAGGUUAUGGCGUCUGUAUUUUGGGAUUCGCAUGGUAUAAUUUUCAUCGACUACCUUGAAAAGGGAAAAACCAUCAACAGUGACUAUUAUAUAGCGUUAUUAGAGCGUUUGAAGGACGAAAUUUAAAAAAAACGGCCUCAUUUGAAGAAGAAAAAAGUUUUGUUUCAUUAAGACAACGCACCUUGUCACAAGUCGAUGAAAACCAUGCUGAAAUUGAACGAAUUGGGCUUCGAAUUGCUCCCUCAUCCACCGUAUUCUCCAGAUUUGGCCCCAGUGACUUUUUCCUGUUCUCAGACCUCAAGAGAAUGCUCGCUGGUAAAAAAAAUUAGAAGCAAUGAAGAGGUAAUCGCUGAAACUGAGGCCUAUUUUGAGGCAAAGGACAAUUCGUACUAAAAAUGGUAUCGAAAAGUUGGAAGAUCGCUAUAAACGCUGUAUUACCUCUGAUGGCAAUUAUGUUGAAUAAUAAAAACGAAUUUUGGCAAAAAAAAUGUGUGUUUCUAUUAACGAUACGAACUUUUCAGCCGAAUUUAAUUUGUAAAAUGGCAAAAUUCAAAAGUCUCAGAAUGUCGAUUUCAUUAUAAAAAAAUUAUCGAGAUAGUACUUAAUCUGUAUGAUUUAUGCAAUUCUAGGACUUUUGGGAUUGACAAUUUUUUUUCGAUUUCGACUAUUUCAUGCAUUAGGUAGUAUAGGUAAAGUAUACCAUAACAAUUACAGAAAACCGACGUCAUGAUCUUACCGACCCAUUGAAACUCCCUGGACCGCUUCGGAACACUUGUGCCCACUUGAGUACAUUCAAGAAUAAUCAUACUAAUAAUUAUUCAAGAAUAAUCAUUCUAAUAAUUAUAAUAGGCGUGUUAUAAUAGAUCCAGAUUUCGUCAUCAGGCGAAACCAAAAUUCAAACCUAAUAUGCAUCUUUACAGCCAAACAUGUUUCAGAAGUGCACUUGCGUUCGUCUUUGCAGUUUCGAGUAAACAUUCGCGGCAUUCAGCGGCAGGAUUUCUUUCUCAUCCGCAUAAUCUUACUCAAACUAUGGUAAGAGCACUUACUAUUUACUAAUCCAUGUGGCAUCUGUUAGCUCGGGUACCUUCUCUUUCUAGUCAUCCAGCACCGUUUCAUGUUGUUUUGACAUUGUUCUUUGAAAGCGCAUCGGAGAGCCUAUAGCUGCGGGCUUCAUCGGCAGUGGAGUUUCGAUAAGGUGCCCGAUUUCGGGAUGAGCCAGGGCCCCUUAAGCCCCCUCCCCUCUGGGUACGUGCCUUCCAAAGAGGUGUGAAUUCUACCUCAACUAGACUACGUUGCCUAAGUCCGUUUUGAAAUAAGGACUUUAAUUAACUAACAUUAUCAUUGAAAGUCUAAGGAAAACAAAACCUAUUCGUUAUUGAGCAUAGUCGGUUUAGGUAUCUGCUUCUGCUUAUGGUUAAAAUUCAUGGAAUCUAUAUUUGAACUCCGAUCGAAUGAUGUAUGAAAUAAAUAAAUAAAUUGCGACCAGUUUUAUAACAUUUAUAAUUUUGCAGCGAAAUAGAUGUAUCUCAAACGGCCAUGCUUGCAUUCACUACGAGAUGUGAAUAGCGCAAUUUAUUUUACUAGCCCUCACAGACGCUUUAUGAACAUGUGCGCGGUACUUAAUGCGCAUUGAAUCUGCGCAGAACGACUUAUUUCCAGCUUUAUCUUUCGGUCUUCAGUGUCCUGCAACAUCACUAUCCCGGUGUUGUUAGCAUUGUUGUCUCGUCGAACGCUCUCAAAAUUUACUCUUAUUCAGUUCGAUUCUAUCGGUUCGGAAGAACACAACUCGACAGUAUUUGCGCAUUGAUUGAACUUGAGGUUGAUGCGGAAAUAGUCGCGGAUUUUGGCAAUAAUGAAGAGUUUGGCGCACGUAUUUUUAUUCAUUUUAUCGUAUUUCAUACUACACACUCCUAACGGUGCAUUAUGUGCAAGUCUAUCCGAAGACAAUUUAUCAAAGGAAGAUGUGAAGAAGCAGCUGCUCGAUGUUAAGACACAUUUGGAAAAAUUCAAUUCGCAUUAUUUAUUACAACUCGAGCAACGGAUGUUGAAUAUUCUGACGACAAUGACCAGUGUGGAUAGUAAUGUGAAGACUCUUCAGGAAAAAUCACAAGUGUGGGAUGUUUUUCAGCAUCAUAUAGGAGCAUGGAGUGAUCACAUAAAAUCCGUUGACGAAAAAAUCGAAUUGUUGAAGAAAGCACAUGAAAGCACCCCACACUCUUUGGAUAACCGAUUAUCAAACCUAGACUUUAAGGUUCAACAUAUCUUCGACAAAGUUAACACGAUAAAUGAAAAACUGCAUGACAUUACCAAAACAGUUUACGCCUUAUCAAGCACUUAUCGUGCUAGGCGAAAUGAUCGUGAGCCCGUUGAUCAGGAAGGGGUAAUGGCUAAAAUCAGUAGUCUGCAAAAACAAUUGAAUCGUCUGGAAACAAGUUCUACCAGUUGUCAUAAGAAAAAUGGAAACUGUAAUGGUAAAGCAAAGAAAGAAGUUCAAGAUUUUGAAGAUGAGCUGGAUGAUUUUUUCGAUAAAUUAGCUACUAAGAAGUUGAAAGAUCUUGUAGCAAAUCGGAAGCAUGGACGAUCUCUUGAUAAUAUAUCGAGCCUUUUACGAUCGGUAGAUGAACGUACAAUCAGGAUAUACGAUUUGGAGGCCAACCAAUUCGAACAGAUUCUAAGUUGUUGCAAACGAACUGAUCAUGAGAUUACAACUUUUACCAAUAGCGCAGAUAUUCUCUUGAAGCGAAUUGAACGAUUGGUUAUUGCGGUAGAUGGUAAAAUUGAACAACGAAAUAAUCAGCAAUGUGUGAAUUUAGGCGUUGAAUCAACGGAAUCUGAGGAUAUGUUGCAAGUGACUCCCGAUUUAGGUAGUGGCGAUGAAUCUAUUUCAACAACAACAGAAAAGACCUUAGAGAAAUCGAAGGUGGCCUCAGAGGAUCCUGCAGUUACAGAAUUUAACCAUCCACACAAACAAGGAUGCCAUCAGCUAACAGCGAGGAUAGACGAAGUUUACAAUUUCGGUCAACCUGAGCUGAAUAAUGCCAAUCGCAAUUUCAAUCGCCGAUUCUGUAAAUUCGCUACCGAUGGUUCUGCCUGGACUGUUAUCCAACGACGUGAACUACACGAUCUACAGGAAAAUUUCAACAGAUCUUGGAAUGAGUACAAAAACGGCUUCGGCGAUUUAUCUCACGAGUUUUGGUUUGGUAACAGUUUUAUCCAUAUGCUAACAUACGACGACAAUGUGGAGCUUAGAAUAGAAAUUGAAGAUUUUGAUGGUAAUUUGGCCUAUGCAGAGUACAAAACCUUCAGAAUAGACACGGAAAAAUUUAACUUCAAUCUAAUGAUAUCGGACUAUCAGGGAAACGCAUCUGAUGCAAUGGCAUAUCACAAUGAUCAAGAUUUUAGCACCUACGAUGUGGCAAAUGAUAAAUCCAAUGGAUCGUUCCCGUGUGCGUUGACCUUCGGUAGUGGAUGGUGGUUUAAUAAUUGUGCAGAAUCAAACCUGAACGGCAGAUAUUAUACCGAUAAUCCAAGAUCUCACAAAUAUGGUGGAGUUUUGUGGGAAACGUGGAAGGGAGAUUAUUCACUGAAAUCAACUUCAAUGAUGAUUCGAACGAGAGAAAACUGGUCCACGGAAGAUGAGACCGAUCAACUGCAAGAUCCAUAAAUGUGCUGUUGAAUGCAAUCACAAAUAACAUAUUACAUUUUAAUAAGAAAUUGCAUUCAAUUAAAAUGUAAAUUUGAAUUGUGCAA